AUGAAAGGACGUUUUAACACUAUAAUUUAUAUUUACAUCAUAAAUGUGUUUCUUUGUUCAACCUCGUUUGUACGAUGUGCCACGAUAAAUGACACAGAAUCACUUCUGGCUGAUUUACAGGCAAAUUACAAUAAGAAUGUAAGACCGACGUAUGAUCAAUCACAAGCUAUUCAAGUUAACAUUGUGAUGUAUUUAAAAUCUAUACAAGAAUUUGACGAGGUGCAGGAGAAAUUUUCAUUUGUUGGAGCAAUGGGUGUGGUAUGGCACGACUACAAGAUGAAGUGGGAUCCUUAUCAGUACGGAGGACUGUGGGUAACUACGCUUAGUUAUAACGAUAUUUGGGUCCCAGAACUAGUUCUGUCCAGCCCAUCUGGGAAAGGAGUAUCGGUUGGGAAAAGUACGGACGUUCUCCGCAUUACUAACUAUGGAACGGUUUAUUGGUACCCGUCAGAUUUAUUUCAAAGUACGUGUUCCGUUAACGUAAGAUACUAUCCGUUUGAUAUUCAGAAGUGCACAACUUCAUUUGCUUCCCUUGGAUAUAAGAAAUAUGAGGUAAAUCUUACCCAUGGCCAAGAAACUGUAGAUUUUUCGGCCUACUCAGAAAAUGGAUUGUGGAGAGUUGACGGUUCCGAAACGAAAACACAACUUUUAGGAGAUGGUGAAGAAAUGGAAAUCAGUUUCACUGUUCACCUUAGUAGGAAAGCGGCAUACGUUGUAGUCAAUCUACUAAUGCCAACUGUUGUGUUAAGUUUAAUGAACGCUUGGGUUUUCAUUCUGGUUCCCGAGUCCGGCGAGAGAAUUGGAUACACUAUCACAACGCUUCUAGCAAUUGCCGUCUAUAUGACUAUAGUGAGUGAUACACUUCCCAAAACCUCGGAACCAGUGCCCUUAAUUUCUUACAAAUUAAUGGCGGAUUUGGUAACAAGCGCACUUACUGUGUUUGUUACAAUUUUGAACGCACGCAUGCAUUUAAGAAGCGAUACUGAGAUAGUUCCAAACUGGUUGCAGCGUUUGUACAACUCUCUAAGAUGCGUCAGUUGCUGUAAAACCGAAAGGAUUGUUCCAGAAGACGAAAGUGCUGGUCAAUUUAAAACGGAAGAUAAUAUGAAGGGUCUACGCACAGACAAAAACGGUAUUAAAAAUCCAGAUCAAGAAGCCUUCGUCAUGGAACAAUCGCACAAUGAUAAAACAAGUGGACAAGUCAUAUCACGUGACAUUAUGGCAGAAGGAGGUGACGAUCCGUCGCGAAACAAUGUGUCUGUUACCAACACGUCUGAAGAGGUUCCAGAAGAGGGGGACAAGUUUACAUCACUUCCUGUGUUUCAGGAACCACUACGUCUUGUUAAAAACGAAGCAAACGGUAGUUUUUCAAUUGAUGAAGAUGUCUUGAAUCAGAUUUCACAGAUCAAUAGAACAGUGAAUGUGAUUGCGAUUACUGGACCAUGCAGAACUGGCAAAUCCUACUUGAUGAACAGAUUAGCCAAGAAUAAACAUGGAUUUACUCUUGGAAAUGGAGUGAAUUCGAAAACGAAAGGUAUUUGGGUGUGGUGUUUGAUACACCCCGUCUACAGAGAUCAAGUGAUGGUUCUCCUCGAUACUGAAGGAAUCGGAGAUGCAGACAAGGUUUAA